AUGUCGUCUUUACCGGAUGACUAUCUGCACCGAGUCUACGCUGGCGUUCUCGGGAAGCUGGUGGGCGUGUACCUCGGGCGGCCGUUCGAAAAUUGGACGUAUCAAGAGAUCCAGGAUAAGCUAGGAGAUAUUCGCUACUAUGUACAUGACAAGCUAGAUCUACCACUUGUUGUGAUCGACGACGAUGUGUCUGGCACCUUUGCUUUUGUCCGUGCGCUGGAAGAACACGGCGCGUCUGCAGACCUCUCGUCCGAAGAUGUCGGUAAGACUUGGCUGAAUAACGUCGUGGAGCGCCGCUCUAUCUUCUGGUGGGGAGGCAAUGGCAUCUCGACCGAGCAUACAGCAUUCCUCAAUCUUAAGAGAGGUUUAGCCGCCCCUGCAAGCGGCGCGUUUGAGACGAAUGGUCGCACUCUGGCAGAACAGAUUGGCGCCCAAAUCUUUAUCGACGGCUGGGCUAUGGUAGCUCCGGGAAAUCCAGCUCUGGCAGUGCGGCUUGCUGAGGCAGCUGCACGGGUAAGCCAUGAUGGUGAAGCAGUAUAUGCGGCUAAGUUAUGGGCGGUUAUGGAGGCCGAAGCAUUCUUAUCCAGCGACGUCAACCACCUCCUUGAUACCGGUCUGUCGUUUAUUCCAACCAACUCUAUCAUUGCAUGUAUGAUUGCCGACGUCAGACGCUGGGUGCAAGAGGACAGCGACUGGAGGCAAACGCGUCAGCGGAUCGAAGACAAUUAUGGCUAUGAUAAGUACCUGGGCAUAUGCCAUGUUGUCCCUAACCAUGCCAUCAUGAUCAUGACUUUAUUAUACGCAGGCCACGACUUCCACGAGGCCAUGUAUGUCAUUAAUACUUGUGGUUGGGAUACCGAUUGCAAUGCCGGAAACGUUGCGUGCUUGGUUGCCCUGAUGCACGGCCUGGCCGCAUUUCAAGGCGGUCCUGACUGGCUGGGCCCUUUGGCCGAUCGCGCCAUCAUCUCCAGUGCCGACGGUGGAUAUUCGAUAAACAACGCAGCGCGCAUAGCCUACGAUAUAGCCAAUCUCGGUCAUCGAUUAUCCGGCAACCCCGUACUUCAGCCUCCAAAGGAUGGCGCUCAGUUUCAUUUCUCUCUUCCUGGUAGCGUUCAGGGUUUCCAGGCGACGGCGUAUCCCCAGUCUCCUUCAAGUGUGGUCCGCAUAAGCCAAGGCCAAGACAGGGGCGUAGAUAGCCUUUGUAUUCGCAUCAAGAACUUGACAGAUGCAUGCGAUCCUGUGGAAGUAAUGACGGCGACCUUCACGCCACUGGAUAUUCUCCAGGUUGACCGAAACUACGAGAUCAUGGCCUCGCCUCUAGUGUACCCCGGCCAACGGGUCAAAGCAGAGCUACACGCAGCCGACAUUAACACUGCAGCUUCGACUGUGUGUCUGAGAAUCAAAGCAUACGAUGAAAAUGACGUUUUGACAACCGUGGAUAGUAGCCCUAUAAAUAUAAAGUCCGGGCAGCACAAUAACCUUGAGUGGACUAUCCCUGACAACCUUCAGAACUGUCCUAUCCAGCAGAUCGGCAUCGCGAUCGCCACCGCCAAAGGCUCUCCGAAACUUGAUGGCGCCAUAUUUCUUCAAAGCAUGCGAUGGGACGGCGUGCCUCGAAUGACACUGAAACGACCCGCGAACAAGAGUAGAUACCAGAGUUUCUGGAGCCGUGCCUGGGUCAGUUCCGUGGACAAGGUGCACACAGAUAUGGGGCCGUCAUUCCUCAUCGCUCAAGACCGAGGGGAGGGCCUCUUGAGCCAGGGAGCCAGGGACUGGAGUGACUAUGAUGUGGUGGUUUCGAAUUUUGUGGUCAAUUUUGGCGGGUCGAUGGGCGUUGCCGCUCGGGUCCAGGGGCUUAACCGUUAUUACGCGCUCAUGCUAACCAAAGACAAGCGGGUGGCGUUGGUCAAGGCAGCGGACGAUAAGAGAAUAGAGUUGAUGAGCAUGCCUUUUGCAUGGGAGGAAAAUCACAAGUACCGACUGCACCUCCGCGUGCAGGGCAACAAGAUCGAAGGUCAAGUCGACCAGGCAGGAUUAGCGGCAGUGGACGAGGACUAUAUAGGAGGUGCUGUGGGUUUCGUGGUGACGGACGGCUCACUAUCGGCCGAUAGCAUCACUGUUUCUCCAGUAGACAAGUGA